AAGAGCCGUAUUAUAAACAGAGUGGCCGAUCAAAAAUUGUUCUUUUUAAACAUUCUUAUAAUGGCAGCGCGUGCAUGCUUUGGUUUCAGAACUUUUAAGAGCUUUCUUAGAAGGACCACUGUCAUAAAACCAGUUACUUCAAUUGGAAAUCGUUCUUAUUCCAGCAAUGAAAAGAUCAAAGUUGUCAAUCCUGUUGUGGAAUUGGAUGGUGAUGAGAUGACCAGAAUCAUCUGGCAUAAAAUUAAAGGAGAGUUAAUCAUGCCGUUUCUCGACUUGGAUUGCAAGUACUAUGACCUUGGUUUGCCUUAUCGUGAUGAAACCAAUGAUCAAAUUACAGUUGAUGCUGCUGAGGCUAUUCUUAAGUACAAUGUUGGAAUUAAAUGUGCAACAAUCACUCCGGAUGAGGAACGUGUUGAGGAAUUCAAAUUGAAGCAGAUGUGGAGAAGCCCUAAUGGAACCAUUAGAAAUAUUCUUGGUGGUACAGUCUUCCGUGAACCAAUCCUUUGCAAUAACAUUCCACGACUAGUUCCUGGAUGGACUCAUCCCAUUGUUAUUGGUCGUCAUGCACAUGGUGAUCAGUAUAAAGCUCAAGAUCUUGUGGUUAAAGGACAAGGCAAAUUUGAAUUAUCUUUUACACCAAAAGAUGGCUCUGCUAAGACUGUUGUUGAUGUAUUUGAUUUCAAAGGUACUGGAGGCUGCAUAAUGGGAAUGUAUAACACAGAUGAGUCCAUUCGAGAUUUUGCUAACAGUUGCUUUAACUAUGCUAUUGCAAAAAAAUGGCCACUAUACAUGAGUACGAAAAAUACCAUUUUAAAACAAUAUGAUGGACGAUUCAAGGAUAUUUUUGAAGAAAUCUACCAAGAAAACUACAAGAAACAAUUUGAUGACUUGAAUAUCUGGUAUGAGCACCGCUUAAUUGAUGACAUGGUAGCUCAGUGUUUGAAAUCUUCUGGUCAAUUUGUUUGGGCUUGUAAAAAUUACGAUGGUGAUGUUCAAUCUGACACUGUUGCACAAGGGUAUGGCUCACUGGGUUUAAUGACCAGUGUUUUGGUUUGCCCAGAUGGCAAAACCAUUGAAUCCGAAGCUGCACAUGGAACUGUGACACGUCAUUACAGGGAACACCAAAAAGGAAACCCAACUAGUACCAAUCCUAUUGCAAGUAUCUAUGCAUGGACACAAGGUUUGGCACAUCGAGCAAAAUUGGAUGGUAACAAAGACCUUGCUGGAUUUAGCACAGCACUUGAGAAUGCUUGUGUUAAAACUGUUGAGGACGGAAAAAUGACUAAAGACUUGGCAGGAUGUAUUUAUGGCCUUAAAAACGUAAAGACAGAACAUUACUUACUAACAGAUGAAUAUUUGGAUGCCGUUCGACAAACUUUGUUGGAAAUUUGGUCGCCACCCAAAGCUUAAGCGUGUAGCUUACUAGGUUUUUAAUAAAGUUUAUUGGAAUGCAUAUGCAUUUUGUCAUACUGUUUUUUUUAAAUGAAAUAUAGUAUUAUUGAACUUCUCAAUAA